AUACAAUGUUGUUGUCAUGUGAUAUCGGCGUUAUAAAUAGUUUACAGUUUAAAGAAGUAAGAUCACGUAUAAAAGGUCAAAAUGAGCUACAUUGCAGAAUAUCAGUUUACAGAUGAAUUCGAAACAACUCCAAAAAUGGUACAAGACUUUAAGGAUUACGGCUAUAUAUUAGUCAGAAACUUAUAUGACAAAGAAGAAGUAGAAAUGCUUAUAAAAGCAGUUAGUGAAACUGAUGCCUUCCUUAAGAAUUCUUAUCAGGUUGAGAAGGGGGCAAAAAAGGCACCAAGGAUAAUAUGGAGUCACCCAGGAACUGACGUCACAGGUAUGGCAGCUAGAUGUGAAAAAGUUGUUAACACUUGUGAAAAGUUACUUGGAGGUGAAGUCUAUCAUUAUCAUUCUAAGUAUAUGCUCAAAGAUCCUAAUAUGGCGGCUCCUCAUUACUGGCACCAAGAUUAUGGUUACUGGUACAAAUGUGGCAAUCUGUUUCCAGACAUGAUGACAGUAUGGGUAGCACUGGAUAAAGCAGUCAAACAGAAUGGUUGCAUGGAGAUUCUAAGUGGAUCUCAUAAAUGUGGAAGAAUUGAACACCAUCCAUUUGAUGGACAAUACGUCGGUCUGAAAUCACGUGUGGACCUGAUAAGAGAGAGAUGCCCACACCAUUACAUGGAAAUGAAUCCAGGAGAUGCUCUGUUCUUCCACUGCAAUACAAUUCACCACAGUAGUGCCAACAAAAGUGAUUUGAGACGAUGGGCCUACAUAAUGACCUACAACCGAGCUUCCAACAACCCAACAAUGGUACAUCAUCAUCCACAGUAUACUCCUUUAGAAAAGGUUGCUAAUUCUGCUAUCAAAGAAUGUACCAAUUAUACAGAUUUGUCAGGAAAAGAUUUUAUUCACCCUCUAAAGAACACGACGUUAACAGAGUUAUACCAGAGAUAACCUACUCCCACAGACUGAAAUCUAAACAAAAUAUCAGUUAUAACAGAGAUAAUAAUCUAAUAAUCAGUAAUAUUUAGUGUGAGAUAUGAGAAACAACUAUAUAUAAUUAUUUAAUGAGUUUAUUUCCUUGUAUAUAUAGAGGCAUAGGUUCAAGAUCCCGCCAUGCGAAGAACACACAUUUUAUACUGCUAACUAGAAGUUCUAAUAUUUAUAUAACACAGUUGGGCUUGAUUUGUAUAUUUAUAUGGUAGAUAAUUUAUUAAAUUUAAAUAUAAAAUGUAAAUGUGUUUGAAACGCAUUAAACUCUAUACUUAUACUUUUUAUGGUAUGCGAAUCAGGUAUUUCAUAACGCAAUAGCAUCAACAAAAUGCAUACUGAUGUGAUAUUAAAAUUGUGAACACUAUC